AUGAACCCUUGGCUACCUGACUCCUCGACUCCAAACAACCAUGUUGGCUUCGGGGCCCCAAUAGAUGCCGGCAUGUCUUUUCUCCAGCCUCCUCAGACGAUAAAUCCUGCACAAUUCCAGAACCCGGCCUUCCUUAACGGCGCCGGCCGCACCGCCUCUCCUGCCUUCCACAAUCCCGUGUACCAGACGAACCCCGUAAUACCUUCAAAAAGAGCGAGAGAAGAUAGCUUGGGUGCAUCACCACGGCAAGCACCCGGUGGACUGCCUGGAUCAAGAUCACAAACCCCCGGGCAAGUACCCUUUCCCGGCUUCAAUCCACAAGCCAAUGGCGCGCCUGCAAUAGCAAAUGCUCCAACACCUUUCCACCAUCUUCAGCCAUCAUCAAAUGCCACGCCAUCGCCCACAUUUCAACAGCUGAGUCAGUUCAACCAGCCUGGAAGUAAUCAACGCGUCGCGACAGCUUCACCCAGUCCGUUUUCACCGCCACAUGGCGGACCUCACGUCUCACCCGCUCCCCCUGACCAUACCAGUCGCGUCGGGACCCCACACGAUAACCCUCAAAACUUCAUGCCCAAUGGCGGCUUUGCACCUGGUUUCAAUCAACCCCAGUUUGGUCAGAAUAUGGGGAAUGGACUUCCCCCCCAAAUGGGAAUGAAUCCUCAAGCAAAUAUGGCACACCCUGGGAUGUCGGCGGCGCAACGGAACUAUCAGAUUCAACUACAAACCCAGGCUCGGCAAAUGCAGGCUCAAGCUCAAGCGCGUGGUAUGAACGGUAUACCAAACAACCCUGGCCAGCCUGCUGCGAACCCACAGAUGCCGCAAGGAACCCCAGGAGGAUUUCAUCCGCCAAAGUCGAAUAACCCAGAAGAAUUCUUGCGAGGCUUGCAAGCUUUUAUGGCUGCUCGUGGUCGAACAGUGGAUCUGAACCCUGUGAUAUGUGGAAAGUCAUUGCAGUUAUUACGGUUGUACGCUGCCGUUGUCAAGAAUGGAGGUUCGCAAAGAAUAUCGAAAAUGAAUCAGUGGGGUGCUGUCGCCCUGCAGUUUGGGUUUAUGCCGCAACAACAAAUGCAAGCAGCCCAAGAACUUCAAGCAUAUUGGCUGAAUAACCUCGCGCCCUAUGAGGCAGCGUGGCAGAUAUCUCAGCAGAAACAAAGAAUGGCGGCACAAGCUGCCAUUCAAAACCAAACCCAAAUUCAGAUGUCACCUUCCCGUGAUGCAAAUCCGUCUCAGGACUCCGGAAAUCAGAGAACAACUUCAGCUAAUGGCCAAAUUGGAGCUCAGGUGCAGCAACCUACAGCGAAUGGGUUUGUCCAGCCUCCUCAUGGCCAGGGCCAACAAGAUCCCUCCGCUACUACUCCACAACACCGACAGAACAUGUCUAGGCAGAUCGAUCCUCAGCAAAUGAAUGCCAUGCCAACCCAGAUGUCGGGUCAAACACCUCAAAAGCGCCCGCAGACGAGCACGGGCAAGAUGCCCGAGAUGGAGCCCGAUGUGAAUAAGCCCUUGUCCAGACCUAUCGAAGAUCCUUUCAAGCCAGACGUUCUCUCGCCUAGCCGGUUCCAUGGCCCGGUCAACGUGGACGAGAUGUUCAUAAUCGGACAGCAUAUCAGCGAAACUAAACCGAUCGUGCCGACAUUUCGAGAACUGGGGAUCAUCGAUAUCCAUGCAGUGACCAUGGCCAUCAAAUCUGGUCUACAUGCUGAGACACGAGUAGCGCUCGAUACCCUGAUCACACUCUCGACUGAAUCUGCGUUCCAAUUAUCCCUUAUGGAUUGUGAUGAUCUAAUGGAUGCGUUACUCGACUGCGCCCUUGAUCAAGUCGUGUUUCUUAGCGAACACGCCACCGAAGUUUCGGAUGAGAUGUUCCUUACUUCAUACGAAGAUCUGGUUCGGGCAUGCCGUGUGGAAAACGAGUCUUUACAGGAUAUCCCGGAAUUUGGAUCACUUCAGUACGAUCUCGAGCGAGCAGCCGAUCGCCUGAUAUGUAUUACUACCCUGAUUCGCAAUUUUUCAUUCUAUGAAGCCAACUUCGGAGUCCUGGGUCAACCUGAAGUUCUCAAACUACUCAGUACUGUUAUUCGGUACAUCGGAACUACGGAAAUGUUUUUGCGUCUCAAUAGAAAUACCCUUGAUUUCAUGAAGGACGUUGUCAUUUACCUCAGCAAUCUAUCGACCUCUCUCCAGCUACCUGGGAAGGAAGAAGCCCUGUGCAUCCUUCAUUUCCUCCUCGCAUUCGCGCCGACACCGACACCUACAUCAGGUUCUUCGAACAAGGUCUCCUUCACGACAUACAACCCCUCCCUACACAAGUAUAUGCCUUCUGCUGUGGAUAGCCUGGCAAAAUUGUUGGCUCGCGAUGAGCCUAACCGGACGUACUACAAAGCGAUAUUCGCAGCUGAUGCGCAUUCAAGCCCGCCUUACGAGCUGUUGACGAGGAGUUUUGGUCUGGCCAUCUCUUCAAUUCCGGCAAGCUCAAACCACACCAGGACACUUAUCGAGGCUCGGAAACCUUUCCUCCUCCAAGGAAUGCUGGCAGCCGAAAUAUUAGCCAGUCUUGCACCAGGUUCAGAUCAUACACUGGCCCGUUCAUGGCUUGAAUCGGACGAUGGCUUUGCAGGCAACCUAUUACGCCUGGUUGGACUCCUAAGUGCGGAUCGAACCACCCAGACUGUGCCAAGACACCCACAACAGAACAACAGGAAUAAUCCUGAAAUGGAUAUCAACGGCUAUGGAGCUAUCUCGAACCGAGCCAUGGCUGUUCUGAAGACACUGGUUCAGAAGGCUCGAUCAAUUGACGAACAUGGCUCCACUGUUGUUCCGCUGGGAGUCAUGCCGAGGAAAGAAAGUCUUCUGGGGGCCAUGAUACAGAAAGACAUUGAUCCUGGUAUUCUACGACAGCUUUGCGUAUUUGCCGGUCUAGAGGAAUAA